GGCUGUCAUCUUGAUGUUGGAAAGGUCCAUAGAAGCCAUAAACCUAACACAGGUCUGACUACACGCAGUCAGAUCAGUGCGCUUUUAUAUGUAUUCGCUUUUAGAGUGAAUUUAAUGUUUCUGUGAAAUGUUUUAGUUCCCACAUAUCGGCGUGGAUACAAAGCUGCCCGUAUCAAGCACGCAGGCCAUGCUGAACCAAACAAAAACGGGCAUCGGGAACGAUUUCAAGCUGCCCCAGAUCUACAAAACCCAGCGCAAGAAUGGUGUACACAGCGGCUUUCCCUUCUCAUUACACGACAACAAGUACUCAUUGCACAGCGUGGAGUAUUUUGAUGCUGGACUCGGACGUAGAAAAAGUGGAAAGUCACAACAUUCCUCCCAAAACUUCAACCUCUUUUGCCACGAGACAUUACCAAAUGCCCCAAGCACGCUGGAUGGUGCGUCGCUGUAUCAGGAUACAUACAAAGGACGUCAGGACACAGAACGACCUUUCUGCAGGAGAUUCCCCAAAAACCAUAAAGAGAGGUCUGCUCAUAUGAAGCCGGUUCCCGAGAACCGCUUCAUGUGGUUUGGAGAUUAUCGCAGUCUACCGAUCUAACACCGCUGUAGCUGGAUCCCUACUGAUUAUACCGU